AUGCCUGUAUUCGCAGGGUUAAGCAAUACUCACUGGAAAGCUAUCGCAAUUGCAAUUGCGGAUGAUGGUGAUGAUAACAAUCGUGGUGAAUUUGAAGCUGCUAAGCAAGCGUUCUUAAAUAUUAAGCUAGAUAAACCCGCAGAAGACGCAGCAGCCGCUAUUCAAAGCAAAUGGGGUACUCAAUUCGGCAAAGAGGCUACAGUUGGGAGCAAAGAUGACCAAGGAACCCUUAUGUCUUUGCCUCGUUAUCCUAAAAUGACUGAAAAGGAAGUCCAUAACGCAACCGUUGAUUUAAUUGAAAAACCGUCCAUUAU